GGAGGCGGGGAGUGCCGAGGCGGCACGCGAGAAGGGCUCGCGGCCAUGGCGGCCCUGGGCCCCGCGAGUCGCUUCUGGUGCUCGUGUCCCGAGGUGCCCUCCGCCACAUUCUUCACCGCCCUGCUCUCGCUGUUGGUGUCGGGCCCCCGCCUGUUCCUGCUGCAGCCGCCUCUGGCGCCCUCGGGGCUGUCUCUGCGCUCCGAGGCCCUGCGCAACUGGCAAGAUGGCCUCACCUACUGCUACUCCCUCGACCUCUCUGAGCGAGUAGCCCUGAAGCUUGAUCAGAAGUUCCCCUUCAGCCUCAUGAGGAGGAUUCCCUUGUUCAAGUACAUCUCAGGUUCUUCUGCCGAAAGAAGAGCAGCCCAGAGCCGUAGGCUGAACCCUGCACCUGGCUCCUACCCCACACAGAGUUGCCACCCUCAUCUGACUCCAAGUUACCCUGUCACCCAGAUGCAGCAUGCCAGUGGCCAGAAACUGGCCUCCUGGCCUCCUGGCCACAUGCCCAGCCUACCUCCAUACCAGCCUGCGUCCGGCCUGUGCUAUGUGCAGAACCACUUUGGUCCUAACCCCAAUGCCUCCAGUGUGUACCCAGCUUCUGCAGGGACCUCCCAGGGGGUACAGCCUCCCUCCCCUAUCAGCUGUCCUGGCACUGUGUAUUCAGGGGUCCUGGGUACCCCAGGGGCUACAGGCUCCAAGGAGUCUUCCAAGGUAGCCAUGCCCUAACCAGUCUGCAGGGGCGNCUUCCACCUUGUUGGACAGAGGAAGGUUCUGAGAAUUUAGGAAUUAUUUAUUGAAGCCGGGGCAUGCCAGCCUGUCAUCCCAGCUGCUUGGGGGUUAAGGCCAAUGGGUAAAAGGUCAAGGUCUGUCUGGGCUCCAGAGUAAAUUCAAGGCCAGCCUAGGCUAUGUAUAACAAAACCCUGUCUCAGAAUGAAUAAUAACGGCUGGGACUGGGGCUCUGUGGUAGAGUGCUUACUUAGCAUAAUUAAGGCCCUGAGUCCUCAGCUCCACAAAACAAAAAAGAAUUACUAAUUAGAUGCCUCUGUGUGCCAGCUCUGAAGAGUACUUUGAUAAAUGUCCCUGUAUCUGUGUCUUUUCACCUCAAGGCAGCUCUAAAAAGUAGAAACUGGGUGGUAAGACAGACCUGUAAUCUCAGCCCCAGCUACACAGAGGGUUUUAGGCUAGCCCCCUGGGCAGGUAUAUCAUGGGGUCUAGAGGCUCCAACUGCUGGGCUUCUUGAUUCCUAAUCCAGUGUCAAGAAGGUGUGGUUAUCGACUGCCAGGGACUCUUGCCAUCCUACCCAUCCAGCCCUGCUCAGUGCCCAUGGGUCCUUGCUUGUGUCUGGUGUGACUGUACCAGGCAAUCCGUGUAACAUCGUCUUCCCCGCAGCCAUGGCUGAUGGGANUUCUGCCUGACUGGUGACCUGCAGCAGCAGGCUGGUGAUCCUCCCCGUGAGUCACCUCUGUAUAAAAACCAGCCUCCAACCUGCCAGUGGUGUGUGGCGUACUGUGUUCAGUCCAGGGCAAGUGUGACACCAAAAAGCUGUGAGGAGCCUGAAUCAGGUUCCAGUCUGUCGACUGCUCAGUGGUCUGCAGUGAGGACCUGAUGGGNUGGGUGGGGACAGUGAAGUCAAGAGUUAAUAAACCCAGAGAUGGGUACAGCAAGUNAAUGAGA